GUUUCAGGCAAGACCAAAAUGCUGUUGCUAUUAACAGUGGCCAGUUUGAUAUCUGCGCUUGGAACCACACAUGGUUUCUUGGGAAAAUUACAUCCGACAAACCCUGAAGUGACUAUGAAUAUUAGUCAGAUGAUCUCCUUCUGGGGAUACCCAAAUGAAGAGCAUGAAGUUGUGACUGAGGAUGGUUACGUCCUUGGGAUCAACAGAAUCCCUUAUGGAAGGAAAAAUUCAGAGAAUAAAGGCCGGAGACCUGUUGUGUUUUUGCAGCACGGUUUGCUCGCGUCAGCCACAAACUGGAUUUCCAACCUUCCCAACAACAGCCUGGCCUUCCUUCUGGCCGAUGCUGGUUAUGAUGUGUGGCUGGGGAACAGCAGGGGGAACACCUGGGCCAGGAAAAACCUAUACUACUCGCCAGACUCAGUUGAAUUCUGGGCUUUCAGCUUUGAUGAAAUGGCUAAAUACGACCUUCCAGCCACAAUUGACUUCAUUUUAAAGAAAACUGGACAGGAUCAGCUCCGCUACGUUGGCCAUUCCCAGGGCACCACGAUUGGUUUUAUUGCCUUCUCUACCAAUCCCAAGCUGGCUAAGAAAAUAAAAACUUUUUAUGCGCUGGCUCCUGUGGCCACUGUCAAGUACACCAAGACCCUGUUAAACAAGCUCAUGCUUCUUCCGUCAUUCCUCUUCAAGAUGAUAUUCGGGAACAAAAUAUUCUACCCACACCACUUUUUUGAUCAAUUUCUUGCCACUGAAGUGUGCUCCCGCGAGAUAGUGGAGCUCCUCUGUAGCAACACCUUAUUUAUCAUUUGUGGAUUUGACACUAGUAACUUGAAUAUGAGUCGCUUGGAUGUGUAUCUGUCACAUAAUCCAGCAGGAACGUCGGUUCAAAACGUCCUCCACUGGUCCCAGGCUGUCAAGUCUGGGAAAUUCCAAGCUUUUGACUGGGGAAGUCCGGUUCAGAACAUGAUUCACUUUCAUCAGCCCACACCCCCCUACUACAACCUGACGGACAUGCACGUCCCGAUUGCGGUGUGGAAUGGUGGCAAUGACUUGUUGGCAGACCCUGAAGAUGUGGACCUUCUGCUUUCCAAACUCCCCAAUCUCAUUUACCACAGGAAGAUUCCUCCUUACAAUCACUUGGACUUUAUCUGGGCCAUGGAUGCCCCUCAAGUAAUUUACAACGAAAUCGUUUCUAUGAUGGGAGAAGAUAAUAAGUAGUUCUAGAUUUAAAGAAUUAUCCGUUUAUUUUUCCAAAAUUAAUUUCUUCUCUCACACAUGGUUCUCUAUAAUGCUUUGGGAUACGGUGAUUCUUCCCGUAAUUUUGACUUUAGAAAUAUAUUCGCAUCAAUAAUCUUUCCGUGUAUUGUUUUGGAUUUAAAAUAAUUUUAAGGGG